AUGAUCACUACUUCUCGUUCUUCGAAGGUAUACUGCUCCUGGAGCAAAGUGACGGGGAGGAAGAAGAGGAGGAGUCAUCAGAGCAGAAGCGGGAACUCAUCAACGAAACCAUCGUCCGUGUCCUCGCAGCAAGAGUUGGUAGUGUUCCAAUUCGACGAAGAAACGGUCCCAUCCGGCGAAUGGGAAGGCCACAUGGUUGAUUUCGUCGUCGACGAGGCGACGAAACUUCCGAACGCUUCGAAACUUCCAGACCACGUGGUGCCUCCGGCGUACGACGAUUGGGCGGUCGACGUCUUCGAUUGGCAGACGCAGUGCGCGAUGAAAGCCACUGGAGAGGGAGAUGUCGUUGUGUAUAAAGAUAUGAAGUUUAUACCAGUCGCUGGGUGCGAAGUGGACGCCUCGGUCAUUUACGAACAGUUUGAAGGCGAAAUGAAAAACGUUCUGCACUUUAAUCCAGGGUGCGGGGAUUUCAACGCCAGCGACGACGAGACGGUGACGCACGUGUUGACGAGGAAAGGGAGUACGCAGAAAGACGGGUACGUCGAUUCGGAACCGCACGUGAGAGUGAGAAUAACGCAACAGCGUACAGAGGCGAAGAGAAACGAAGUGAAAGUGUGGCGAGAGGCGUACUACGAGAAGUAUACGAACGGCGCGUCGUUAGUCGCGAGCUGCGGCGGGACCAAAAAUACGAUGAAAUACGGCGAGUACCCGCGAAGCGAGGUGAAGUUUAGCGAGAUGGACGGCGUCCCGAAAGACGCGAUCACUCAGUACAACGGCUUGGACAUUUGGACGUUUACCGACGGUGUGACGUUUUCGUGCGGAUGGUUGACGCCGGCUGGAGAGCACAUCGUGAGCGAACGCAUUAUGGACGGUUCCGCGACGGUAUCGGCGAAGAUUACCCGAAAGACGGUUGUUCCUUAA